UUUUUUUUCUUUCUCCCUCCUUUAUUCUUUUCUUUUUUCAUUAUUUUUAUUUUAUCUAUAAAAAAAUGUUACUUACAUUAACAGUGACCAAAGUACAUCUUCCUGUAGAAUUAACCUAUGAUGGUGAAGGACUACGUAUUGAAGGCGACUUUAAUGCACACAAAAAACUCAAGGCAGGACGAAGUUGUGGUUGUAUUCCACUUCCUCCUCCAAAGUUACCGGAUCCUACGUUAUUACCUAUUGACCAUCGUCAUCUUUUAAAUAUGACCUAUCAAGACUCUACCCAUAUGCUUCAUAUCCAGGCUUUAAUUCCUCGUCAACCUGAUCAAGAAAAUAAAAGUACUUUGGAUCUUUACAAAUUCAUGUAUUCGGUGACAAAAGGUCAAGAACAAGACGCUAUUCGGUUUUGUGAAGUAGUUAUGGAAGAUGCAUACAAAGGUUUGGUAGCACAAAAACGACUCAAAGUAUUAAUAAAUCCAUUUGGUGGUCAAGGACAAGCAAAAAAGAUUUAUGAAGAACAAGUACGACCUAUUUUUGAAGCUGCCAAAUGUACUGUGGAUAUUCAAUAUACAGAAUAUCAAGGUCAUGCUAUUACAAUUGCUAAAGAAUUGGAUAUUACAGCCUAUGAUGCAGUGGUAACAGUGAGUGGUGAUGGUGUGAUUCAUGAAGUGAUCAAUGGGUUUUUACAACGUUCAGAUGCUCGUCAAGCCAUUCGACAAUGUCCCCUUGGUGUGAUUCCUGGUGGUACUGGUAAUGCAUUGAGUAUCUGUAUGUUAGGUGAACAACAAGGUUUUGAUCCCAUGGUAGCUGCAUUACAAGUCGUCAAAGGUCGGUCAUUGGCUUUGGAUUUAUGCUCAGUGACAUAUGAUGAUCAUAGGUAUUUUUCUUUCCUAUCACAAAAUUAUGGCAUCACUUCUUAUGCUGAUUUGGGAACGGAAAAUUUGCGGUGGAUGGGUGAUGCUCGUACCAUCCUUGGAUUAUUGAAAGAAAUCUUAUCAGGCAAUAGUUAUGGUAUGGAGGCAGCUGUUCAUAUUGUAGAAAACAACAAGGAUACCAUUCAACGACAAUACGAACAAGCACAUGCAUCGGCAACUUGGGAAGAUCUGGCUGAACAACCAAAUGGGGAGGAUGGUAUGGUAGUGGACACAAUCCCGGCAUUGAAUGAACCUGUCCCUGAAGAUUGGACUAAGAUUGAAGGCAAAAUCUCAUUUUUCUUGACGAGUAAGACACCAUUACUUGCUCGUGGCAUGUUGAGUCAUCCUUGUGCUUUACCUAGUGAUGGAUUAUUGGAUCUUUUAUUGGUACGUGGACAAUAUGGUGUGAUGAAACAACUAGGUGUCUUUGAAAAGGUUGAAAAAGGGAAUCAUUUAGAUUCAAAAAUUGUUGAAUAUUAUAAAAUCAAAGCAUUCCGUUUGACCCCCAAACCUGCUCCAGGUCAAAAAGCUUAUGUGGCCAUUGAUGGUGAACAUGCACCUUUGAAACCUUUCCAAGUCCAAGUCCAUCCAAGAUUAGCCUUUGUACUUAGUUUCAAUCCUACUUUUAUCAAUGCACGACUUUAGAUUACCUAUGUAGACGAUACACACACUUUUUUUUUAUUUUUACAACAUCGGAUACCAAUAAAGUCUUUUAUAUAUUAUA